AUGGGCGACCACGCGCGGCUCAUGUCCUUCUUGUGGUUCGCCAUGGAGCUUGCCAUGUCAUCGCCGCUUUUCGCGAAGCUCUCCGCGCUCUUCUCCUCCGAUGCCGCGUGCCUCGAGGGCCUGGAGCGCGUCCGUGGGCGUGGCCACGAGCGGCUCCGUGUCGUGGCGUAUAGGCUCGGCGGCUUGCGGUACAGCUGGGCGCCACGGUUCCGCCUCGCCGUGCUGCUCCUCCUACGGGACAAGUUUCCCGAGCUGGUUGGCGCCAUCGAGGUGGUUGAUCCCACCGUGGCCCCAGUGGAGCGCCGGGCCAUGGAGGAGCUGGGCUGCAUUGUCACCACAUCUCCUGCGCUAUGCCUGGUGGUAGAAGAACCAACUCUGAUCUUUAUGCCAUACGCGGACCGUGUCUUCUUUGAGAAUUUGCUCAUCUUGAACUGGAGCCCGGACAAGCUCGGGAAGAUCGUCGUGCUCGGGCACAGUUUCAGCACCAUGGUGAAGAUGCUUGAGCUCAGCAUUUCAAAGCAAGAGAAGUGUGGUGUCAAUGAGCAGAGGGAGAAGGUGAAGAGGGUACUGGCAAUUCCGAGCUAUGUUCAGGAAUUAGAGCUUUGUGCAGAGAUAUCUGGCUUAUUCGAUAACCCUCUCUUGGGAGAUGAGUAUCCUUAUGAAUUGAACCAGUACGACUACAAUAAUUCACCAGAGCAGUGUACAUGCAUGCACUGCGUUGCGCGUAUGGAAAGCGGUGCUUUGAUUUGUGCUCUUCCCAGCACCUUUUCAAUUCAUUUCUUUCACCUCGAUGCUGAAAUCGAUAUGGAAUAUUUGAUACCAGGUAAUUGCGCUACAAGGGUCGGGAGCAAUGUCAAUGUCCAAAUGGGCUAUGAUGCUCAGUUAGAAGGGUAAGGCUACAUACUGCCAAACGAAUCAUUUGGAUUAGUUUUCCAUGCUUAUUUGUUUGCCUAGUUCUAUGAAUUUUAAGCUAAAUGAAAGUAUAAUUUGGUUUCAAAAAUAAAAGAAAGGAUGAUGCAAACAAGAUAUGUUUGCUAAAAGAAAGGGUUUCUUGUGUAAAAGGGGUUCUCUGUUUGAGUGAGAUUUGCUUUGUACUAUUGCUGCAGUGCAGGUUAUUGUUUUGCUUCGGCGAUUAACUCAAAUUUGUCCUGAACAGAGAAAUAAAAACAACAUAUUUUUGUAAAACAUGUUUGUUGUUUUACUGCAGUCAU